CUCUCCUGGAUUGUAUAGCCAUCACGUUGCUAAACUUUGUUACUAAACAAGUAGUUCGAGCAACGCUUAUGAUGAUAGUCUGAGUGCGUAGUUCGUUUCCUUCCACUUUGGGCUUGCUGGCCGGUAGUAUGGCUUUAGAGUGUAUUAUAGCGCUGAGCCAGGUACAUAUUGUCUUGUCCUACAUGCCCGUUUGAAGAAUACGAGGAUGUGGUCGUGUUUGUAUAAAUAGAGGGCUCCACUACAUCGAUUGUAAGCACCAAGAGCUCGUCUUCAACACACUCACUAUGCACUCUACUGCUCUCCUCGCCCUUGGCCUCGCCUCCCUCGCCUCAGCAUGGCCGACACUUCCUUCUUUUCUCCAAAGCCGUCAGGCGACUUGCGUCAGCGGAACCGCCGUCUACAUCAUCUCUGCCCGUGGCUCUACCCAGGCUGUGGGUGAAGGUUCCCUUUCCCAGGUUUCUACUCUUAUCAAGAACUCUCUGCCCGGCUCUGUUUCAGUCGGCCUCGACUAUCCAGCCACACUCGACAACUACGAGUCCUCAGAGAACACGGGCGUGGUAAACCUCAAGAAAGCCAUAACAGCCUACGCCACCUCCUGUCCUUCCUCCAAGAUCGUCUUGCUGGGAUACUCGCAGGGCGGACAAGUCAUCGGCGACGCGCUCGGUGGGGCCAGCUUCAGCUCCGAAGCACCGCUAUCCUCCACGUACACGAAGAACAUUGUGGCCACAGUCAGCUUUGCGAGUCCAGCGCAUGUUGCUGGGAAGUCGUAUAACAGCGGGACCAGCACUAGGAGUGGCAUCUAUAAGAGGAGUGUUACCACGACGCUAGACACAUACUCUGCCAGGCUCCUUGAUAUCUGCGAUUCGAAUGAUCUGUUCUGUGAUAGUGGGAGCAGCUUGAGCCCGCACACUGGUGUUGUACAGAAGUACGCGCAAGCGGGCGCAACUUAUGCCAUCAAUAAGGCGAAGGCCUGAGGGAGGAGUCCUUUGGUAUCAUUACUAGUUUCUUUGGCAGCUCAUGCCUUUAAGUAGUUCGUUCCACACAUAUCACACACUUUCUGCAUGAAUUAGUGUUUGGUUGAUUCAACAGAGUCCUGAAAGUGAGCCUUGAUGUUGACAAGAAUAUGGAUCCGAUGACACACCGAAGCUAGCCCGUUUGGGCUAUCAACGGUCGUCUAUGUGGUUGAAAC